AUGGCGGACGUAGAUGAUAGAGGUUCGGCCGGUGACGAAGAAGGAGGCAAAGAUCUCUGGUACUGAGAUUAAAAGUGAUCGUGCAUGGACAUUAAGCGUUAUCCCUCUGUAAUAACGAUCUUCUAUCGGUAUUUCUCUUUGGCAGGUCGUCCAUCUUAAGUGAUGUUUCGAGUUCUGCAAGCAGAAAACUCCCCUCCAACAAGUCGAUUGUUCUACUAGGUUCGUUUUCAGUUAGCUUUUUGCCUUCGUGUAUUUUUAAUUGUUGUUUUUGAAAACGACCAUCUGCAAAUUUUCUAGGGUACGAUGGAUCAGGAAAAACGACGCUAAUAUCAAAGCUUAGAGGAAAAGAAGACGAAAUCAGCAAGGGUCAUGGACUUGAAUACACAUAUCUUGACGUUCACGAUGAAGAGCGAGAUGGUAUGAAACCGUUAACUUAAACCGGUCGUCGAGGCAUUAAAUUGGCAACUAAUUGUAUUAUUUACAAGGAGGUUUUAACUUUUUCCCCUUAUUUUUUCAGACAGCACCCGGUUAGGUGUUUGGAUACUGGAUGGUGAUCCACUUCAUAAAAAUCUUCUGCAAUAUGCACUUACACCUAAAUGCAUUAACAACACUUUGGUUGUACAAGUUGUUGAUAUGUCUAGACCAUGGACAAUUAUGGAAUCUCUUCAUUCAUGGACGGAGGUUCUACGAGAGCAUAUUCACUCGCUCAAGUUACCGCCGAAAGAACUGAAUGAAAUGGAGGAAAGAAGUGAGUCUAAUGGAUUAAUUUCAUGCUUAUAAAAAUUACAGUGUACAAGUCAUGUACUUUGUUAUUGUGAUAGACAUUGUUAAAAAUAUUUUCAUUGUCAAGCGUGCGUGUCGGAUUUCUUAAAAAUUGCUAUUUAUAUAGCUGUUUGACAGAUAUAUGGAGUUGUCAGUUUGUUAAAAACUCAUAAAAAAUCGCAGUUCAUGCGAUGUUUAUUCGUCCCAAGUUUUAUUUUAGACACUGAAUUUCAGUGGCGAGAUCGAUGUUAUAGUGUUAGAGAGUUUACCUUCGAUACUUGUUUGGACAAGUAAAAGCUUUUCGAAUGGAAAAAAAUAGGUUUCCUUUAGAUGAAAACAUAAUCAUUCCCAACAAAGCUUGAUUGAGGGUAGUUUUGGACCCUAACAUUCAAUUGUAAUAAGAACGCUAAUGCGAUUGCAGAGUGAUAAUAUUUUAGUUAGAAAAGAAUGUGUGAAAAUAUUAUCGUCGUUAAUAAUAUCUGUUUACUUUCGUUCGAAAGUGGUUAAAAUAUGAUCUGUAACGAUUUUUCGAAAAAAGUGGCCUGGAUUUUCAUUGUUAAUGUGUGAGUUUAAGUUGAAUUUAACCGUUGGGGAUGACGAAUCUCAUGUUUAAUUGAUAUAGGUGUUGAGAUACUGCCCUUCAGCAAAGUGCAUUAUAUUGCUUUAGCUAGUUUCAGAAUUACUAAUUCUAACCUGCAUAUACUUAAAGUGCAUUUUGUUAUUGUCUGUAAUUUCCUAGAAGGGCAGCUCUCCGCAUCUUUGGCUUAACCAUGCAUAAAAAUAUUAUUAUAGAUUUUUAAUUGUACAUGUAAUUAGCAAAUGUUUUGGGGAGCAUUGUGUUUCCUGGCUGCAAAGAGAUGUUGAGCCAAAGUAUACGGACAGCUCUUUUGCUUGCAGCUAUUUUGAAAUGAAAAAGAUAACAAAUCAGUGGCACCCAGCGACAAUUUUCGGAAAAUAUCUGUUUGGAAGACGAUUUGAGAUCUAGAAUUUUCGGAACAUUUGUUGUAGAAUUUCUUGCUUGCCUGCCUCUCCUAGGAUUUUCGAACAUUUAAAAACUACUGUAAUUGCCCAUUUUUAACGGAUUGUUACCCUAAAAGGUCACCUAGAAUUUUCAGAAGCCUUUUUUCUGGCUGAAAUUUUUGAAAAAGUAAGUUUUGAUCCCUAUAAUCUUCAAAUCACUAGACUUUCAGUAAGGAAAUCCAAGCAGAUGAAAAAUUUUUAGGGGAUAAAAAUAUGCCUAUAUCUACCGUCUAAAUACUAAAAUACGGUUAACAAUGCUAUGUUUAAGUGGUUUUCAACAAUAUUCUCGCUGGGUGUCCCUGACAAAUGCCAUUUUUAAAAGGUUUGAAUGAAUUUAAUGAUGGCAGUGUUUCAAGGAAGACAGACAACUUCAAACUGUUGUUUCUGUUGCAUUGUGUGACAGUUUAAUUUAGUGGUUAGCUAGCAGACAACUAAUGAAUCAUGUUUAUCAAAUUAUGGCUCUUUGUAUAUAUAUAGUGUUUUUGAACACAAAAUUAUCGGCUUCAUCAAAACGCAGACUUUCCUGACUGAUCCUCACCAAAACACUCUGUGAAUAAUGACAAAAUACAGAAUACAUUGAGGCCUCUGGUUUGCUCGUAAAUAGUCGGCUGGUGUGAGUGGAGCCUUUGGGGGUUCUUACUUGUUAUGCGUAAUUUGUAAAGUUUGUUUCUGUUAACUGUGAGCCAUGGUGGGAAACUAAACCCCUAAAGAUUUCUUAUUCUUUUUUGUGGUUCAGUGACCUUAAUUAUAUUAUUUUUUCUCCUUUUCUACCACAGUUGUGCGGCACUUUCAGGAGUAUCUUGAACCAGAUGAAACAGUAGAAGACAGAAGACGAUCUGGGAUAAAAGAUGAAGACAAAGUUCUUUUACCACUUGAUGAAAAUGUUCUUUCAGAUAAUCUUGGUCUUCCUAUGGUAGUUGUUCUUACAAAGGUAAGUAUGAUACACAGUCAUCGUCCAUUUAUCCCCUAACAGUGAUUAGCUUUAAGGGACAGCAUCUAAUUUAUCCUUUAAAUACCUCUGCUUAAUAAUGGUAAUAGGACUGAGUGGAGUCCUGCAUUACAACUUCACGCCGAUUUAAGUGUGUAUUUCAGAAAUGGGCAUAACCGCUGGAUUUUGUACCCUGAAGGCUCAAUUUAUUCCUCCGGACUUUCCCUUCGAGAGUGCUCGUUUUGACUCAGUUCAGAGAAGGUGAGAUUUUAUGGCAGAAGACUCAGAAGCGAAUUCAAAGGAAUUGAACAAUGGCUUAAUUAAGCUGCCCAGGGCCGCGAAUUUUUCAAGGUAUCCUUUUGUUCUAAGUGUGUCAAUAAAACUGCAGAGAAUUAUCACACAUAUAAUUGCGGUAGAAGUUUAUGGAUUUAAGUCUUUCGCAAAACUUCUUCGACUUGGACACGUAUUUUUCAAAAAGUUGAAUUUUGAGAGCUUCAAAAAGAGAUCUUGAACGAGAAAUUUCGACCACUGUGGGCCGAGAUUGGAUUUUUUUUCUUGGCGAGGUUUCAAAGUACAAAGCAAGCCGCUGAAGCAUUUUUUCUCGCCUAUCGCUUAAUAAAAUCCCGGCCGAGAGUUAUCCAUUCAUUCAAUCAUAACUCAUUUCUCCAGAGCAAUGAAACUAUACAAGCGUUUCUACAAAAUUAUUUCGAGGAAUUAUGAACUCCGCAAGUUUUGAUCAGUCGAUUACAGCUCUUGUUUUGAUUUUAGGUACUUCCCGUCUCACUCGACUACUCCGCGAAUCAAGUUGUCAUGCAAAUCGGUGAAUGGACAAUAUGCGGUUAUUUCGGGCCCUGCAGUCACGUAACUGAAACACAACGUUUUGUUCAACAAAAAAAAAACUGAAAGGCAAGCGAAAACGUCCAAAAAAGUGAAAUUACACUCUAAUAAAACUGUGUCAUCCCAUUAAAUGCAUUCACCGCUUGCGUUGUUUACAUUUUGAAAAGAGUUGUUCGCUCUUGAUUGCAGAGCUACUGAAUGAAUAAAACGUUCUAAGAAAUAACUUCCGCAGCAAUUCUUUAAACGCCAAAUUAUUUUCAAGGCAAGAGAGUAUUUAAUAAAAAAAAUACUAUUGGAGACCAGGUAUUUAUAAGCUUUAAUCAACUUCACAUUUAUCAGGCUUGUUUCCUUUGUUAUACGGUGCGUGACUGAAAAUAUGUUAUGCAACCAGAGCUGUCCGCCACGCUUAAAAGACUUGUAAGCGUUCCCACAGACUGCAGCAAAUUUAACAGGCAAGUCCGAGUAUUUUAAUGGAUAAAUUUAAUACUCAUCAGGUAACAAUGGGGAUUAAAAAGUCAAUCAAGGAACAAAAUUCGAAACAAAAGAGACAUAUCGCACCUAAAUCAAAGGAAUUCCGCUCGUGGAUUCUUUGGAAGGUAAUCGACAAUGGCAGGAACAAUAGCCUGAAUAUAUGAAUACUUGAUGACCCCAAAAUUUGGGGUACACACUUAAAUCGGCGUGAAGUUGUAAUGUGUUUGGCCUGUAAUACAAGUGAUAAACAAAAUCUGAAGACUGCGUAGCAGAAGUCUGAUUUGUUUAAUCACAAGUAUGAUUACAGACUGAAUUGGACAACAUGAAGUUCGGUUACCAAUUAAUGAUAACUGUAACAAAAUUUGUGAUAUUUUAGGGUUUUGAAAGAAAUUUUGAGCGUUUUAUAGUUGGCAGUAAAAAAAGCCAUUCAAGUACAUGCAUGUGAUGGUGCUUACUGUCCUAUUAGUGCUGAAAUCAGGACAGUUGAUAGCCAAUCAGAUUUGAGAAUUUUUUUAUAUUCAUGAUUAGUCACAUAAUAUGUUAUGGCCAUAAAAAUAAAAGAUUUCUUUAGGAAACUUCUGUCAGGGCUCUAUUGGCCAUCGGGCAUGUGAGCAUCCACUGAUGUAAAGUACUUCCUUGCAGGGAAAUCUGCUUAUCCCAGAUGACUGGAAGUGACUAUAUUUAAGUCCCAUCUGAUUUAUUUUCCUAACCAAGCUAAGUAGCUUUAUAAUUUUACCCUCAUCAGGGGUUCUCAAUGAGAGCUUGCAGUCAGUGAAAUUCGCCAGCUAUUUUACAUGAACUUGCCACCUACUUUUCUUUGGAAAAAAGGGCCCAAAAGUUCCAAAAUUUGAUGUUCUCUUUGUUCUGUUCAAACACUCUAAUUUUUGCUCCAGAAUGCAGGAAAUGCACUCUAAGCGGCCCAGAUUUCAAAUUUUUUUCUCCCAAGUAACUUGCAUUGUUGGUGCUCGCAAGUUGGACCAGUGGUGUGAGUUUUUUCCUUCUCUGGUACUCCAAAGCUUUUGCUACCUACUUAAAACCUUAUUGAAAACCCUGCCUGAUGUGAGCACAGUAUUGCAUCAAUCUUGGUCAUUUCAUAAUAACAGAGUUCUGUUGAUGUUGUGGUAUUUCAGACAGACUGCAUGUCGGCACUUGAAAAGGACAGAGAUUACAGGGAGGAGCACUUUGAUUUUAUUCAACAGCAUGUGCGAAGGCACUGCUUGAAAUGUAUCCUCACAUUUAUCUUAGCUUUAAUUGUUUAGUUUAUUACAGUCAAACCUCCUGUAAACCCACCCAAAAUGCAAAGAUUUAGUGGUUGCUUACAAGAGUAGACCUGCAGAUGGUCUCUUCUGAGACAUACUAAUAAGUUUUAGCAGGGAAUUUAUUGUAUGCAAUUUCUAAGUGACGUCUUAUGUCUAGUUCUAUGUUGUCAUUGAAAGUUUUUUGCCUGUGAGUAGAGUAGAACAUAAUAAUGAAUGAAGGGAUCACAUCUACACCAUGCGUUAAGUGGUUGCUUGCAAACAGUGGAAAACAGACAUGGAAAACUAUAAAACCAUCGAACCAAAAAGUGGCUGCAGUCAUUUAUGAGAUGUGGAUGUUUAUGAGAGGUUCUAAUUAUGGGGCUUUGAUUGGGAAAUUUAGAGUAUUUUAGAUAGAUUGUUGCUUACAAGACAUGGUUGCACAGGGAGGUUGUGCAGUUUUUCUUUUUCAUUAAAAAAUGUACAUUAAGUAAAAGAAACAACUUAUGUUUCUACAUAUUUAUUGUUUUUGUAUGGUGGCGUGUCUGUCAGCACUGAAAGGUUCAAAUAUGUGUAUUCUAUCCUUAGUUUAAAUCUUAUUUUUCAUUACAUUUUUUGAAAUUUAAUCAAGGAUGAAAAUGAACCACAACAAAGCAUUUAGUACUGAUUGAAUCUUACAAAUUAAAAUGUGUGGUAAAAGCUCUGAAGGUAUUUGUGGUGGUAGAUAUAUGCUAGGGGGUGGGGUGGGGAGGUUAAUGUUUCUUAAUAAUACAUGCUACAUCCUUGUGUUUGCUAUUUACAUUGUGUAGUUUUGUGUAUUUACCAUAAGGCUUCAUCUACAUUCCUAGCAUUCUGUUCUUGUAUUGCUUCCUUGAUUCAUAUUAGAUGGUGCCUCCUUGUUUUACACAUCUGUGAAAGAAAAUAAAAACUGCAGCUUAUUGUACAAAUAUUUAGUUCAUCGAAUUUAUGGCCUGCCAUUCAAUAGUCCCGCUCUGGUUGUUGACAAGGAAUCUGUAUUUAUGUGAGUUAUUCCUAAAUUGUGUAUACCUAUUUUGUUCUUGUACUCAACUUUUAAUAAUGUGCAUGGCAGUACAGGUUCAUUAAAGCUGAAUGAAUGCUUUUAUUCAAUUGCACCUAGAAUUUUCCGAUCAUUGUACGUUUCACGUAAACUGCCCACCUACCCCUCCCCUAAGCCAAAAUUUUGCCCUAAGUGAGAAGGAUGUGUUUUGCUUAGGGGAGGGGUAGGUGGGGAGUUUGCCAGAAACAUACAAUGAUCCAAAUUUUCUAGUGUACUGAAUAGCCGGCCUCUUAAUGGUCAGAGUAACUUGCUGGUUGUUUUAUUACAGUUGUAUUAAAGUUACAAUAAGACAAUUUAAUGUUUUAGUGUAUCCACUACAGGUGAAAAUAAAAUUAAGGUUUAAAAUUUUUUAAACCCAGGUUGAUUCUUUAUUGCCUUUGUCCCCUGGCCAUAAUUGUUCAUGAAUCUGGGCUAGGAGACAGUGGAUAUUGAGAAUCAAACUGGGUUAACAAAUUUUAACCUGAAUAUAAUAUUGACCUGUAACAUAUCCAAUAUAUCCAAUAUCAUUUUCAAAAGUGAAGUAAUUAGUUUGUGGUAAUAAAACUGAGUGGAUUCCAAUUCAAAGUGUGAUCCGUAUACAGCAAUUUUGUUACCCCUGCGACGUUUAUGUCAAUGUAAAAAAAUCUCCGAAGACACAAAAACAUGGCGAGCCAAAUAAGAGAAUUGUUUAUUUACAACGGGGUGGAAUUCAAGCUUCUCUUUCAUUAGAAAGCACUUGAAACAAAUAUUAAUUAGCACAAUGUGGAUUUGAUAAACCAUCUUUCACUGAGACCUGUGCUUAAAAUGUACUGCAACAACUUCAACUGCCUUGUACAUGAGUUGUUAUUCAUAAGGACUUAAAACCAUCAUUGCAUGUCCAAACAGAGUCACUUUCUGUAAAGGUACUCUGUUCAUUGACAUACAUGGACAUAUCAGCCCAGUCAAACUAAUAAUACCGUAAACUUCCAAAUAUAACCCCCGGGGCUUUUAUUUUUCAAAGGCCGUUUUUGAGGGGCUGAUCGUCGGAGGAAAAUUUGUGUUCAAAAUUCGAUUGGGCCAGCUUUAUAGUUGGAAGUAAAUUUGCCUUUUUUGCUUUGUUUUACCUUGUAUUUGAGGGCAAUUUUCCAAGUACAAGCCCCCAGGGGCUUAUAUUUGGAGGUGAGAUUUAACGGAGGGUUUUUUUGGUUACCAGAUUGGGGGGCUUAUAUUUGGAGGGUCGUAUAUAUGGAGGGGUUUAUUUUUGGAAAUUUUACGGUACCUGAACAGUUUUGCUUCGCAAGUUUUGCUGGGCCGAGUUGUUCAAAAAGUGGAUAAAUCUAUCCACUGGAUAAAUCUCUACCUAGUGGAUAGUGUAAUUUAUUACACUAUUAUUUAUUAUUAUUUAUUAGGAUGGGGCUAUCCAACAUUUGAAGAACUGGGGCCUGGUCUAUUAUCCUUUGUGUUUUUUGAAUACAUUUUAUUGAUUACUUUACAGUCCAGCAGGCUGGGAUUCUGUGAAGAAAAUUAACAUCCUGAGUGAGCAUUUAAAAGUUAUCUUGCCAGAGGAUGCAUUUGAUGAUCAUAUUGUUAAACCACAGCUGAGAAAGGUACAAUCAUGUGAUUUAAUGUAAAUUGUACAUUGUCUAAUAUAAAAAAUUGUGUAUCAUGGUGUGUCUUAACAUUGUGAUUUUUUUCCCUUUGCAGCCCAUACAAGACAAAGAAAUUAUUGCUGAGGAUGAACAAACGUUUUUGGCAAAACAACAGGUUGGUUUUUUUCGGCAUAGGUAAUUUGAGGUUGUUUACUUUGUUUUGGUAAAAAUUAUUAGUAGCCCGUUUUUGAUUUGCUCUCAGUUGAAAUCAAAACAGGCAUGAGUGUUUAUUUUCAAAAUGAUAUCAAAAUUGCAUGAACCUGUUGAAGCGUUUUGAAAAACACACAUGUGCAAACGAAGAAGAGUUAUAUGAUUAGCAUUUAGUAAUAUACAUGAGAAAAAUUACCAGUGAAAAUUAGUGGAAACUGUUUAUAACGGCAACCCUCAAUCUUGUCUAGAAACUGCCCAUUCAUACCAGAACCCAAUCUUGGGCCAUGCCAAGGUUGCCAUGAGUUACAGCACCUGAUUGGUUGUUAUUAUAUAUUGUUCUCAGCCAAUCAGAUUCAACAAAUAUUAUUAAGUGACAAAAACAUAAUCAACAUGAGUAAUGUUAGGAGGUGUGGUGGAUGGGUAAUCAAAUUCCAGUUUGGGUAUAAGGGUGGUUUGGAUCAAUACUUAUGCUUAUAUCCAAACAUUGACAAACCACUGGGUCAAAUUAGGUUUCUGGUAAACUGCCCUCCCACCCCUACCCUAAGCCAACAUUGUCUCUUACUUCUCACUCAGGGCAAAAUGUUGGCUUAGGGGAGGGGUAGGUGGUCAGUUUCUCAAAAACCUCAAUUCAGAUCUGGUUUGUCAAUGUUUGGAUAUAAGCAUAAGUAUAAGCAAAACAUAGUCGUCACUAUAAUAGCAAUGCAAGCAUGAACAUGAGAAGUUUUGAGCAGGUGAGGACAGCUGCAAAAAUAUCAAAACCAUGCUUGCAUUCUUCUCAUUCUCAUGCUGAUGCUCAUGUCACGGCUGUCCUCACUAGGGCAUUAGCUUCAUUAUUUUCAUGCUCAUACUUUAUGCUUUAUAAAACUGUUGUUUGUUUCCAAAAUAUUAAAACUAUGUUUAGAACAAAAUCACAUACAUGUUAAAUUAUUGCACAUUUACCCUACCGUAUUUAUUCGAUUAACCGCCCUGGGCACUUAUUAAAUUUUUGGACCUUGAGAGUGGGCGUCUCUACGGAGUGGGUGCUUGUUCGAGGCUGGGCGCUUAUUAAAUUUUCACUAUUUUCAGCAAGAGUAGUAUGUUUAUUUUGCGACAAAUCAUAAAAAGGCAAUAACAAAACGCGAAGAUGUAACAAAGCAAGUUUCUGUAAAAUACCCUAAAGAAAACUCCGUCUUCGGGGAAGUACUUAUUCAUUUUUGUUGGGUGGGAGGGAGAGGGGUUGGGUUUUGGUUGUGGGCGCUUAUUUGAGUUUGAGUGCAAGGGGGUUGGUUGAGCGCUUAAUCGAGGCUGGGCGCUUAUUAACUUUUUCUGCUUUUAGGAUGGACACUUAUUCGAGGUGGGCGCUAAUUCGCGGUUGGGCGCUUAUUCGAAUAAAUACUGUAUUUCGGAGGGUGAGAUCAAAAGCUGUAUUGUAACCUGUCCAAUGUCACAUCCUAGAGACAAGACAACACUUAAAGUUCGUUAAAGACCAUUCCUCCUCCCAACAGAUUUGUUUUGUUUUCAAAUGUCAUGGUUAUCAAAACCAUGCUUGGCUAAUCUCUUUUGCAAUGCUUUAUUUUCUCUUGUGGGGUUAAUUGGCAACAGAAAAAAUCACUUUGGGACGUUCCUUACUUGUACUAUUAUCCUGUACUCUUUGAAUUACUCUCUUAGAGUGCUGCCAUAUUGAAAUGCUGUCAGCUGUCUCUAAGACAAACACCUUUGGAACCGGCAAAAGGAGCGCUUUCCAUUCAACCCAAAAUUCCAGAAAUUUUGUUUGGUACAUCAAAUGGAUGGUUUGGUCCAACCAGAAUAUUAGGGAAUGGAUUUUGUUGUCCACUUUUACUGGUCGGGUCAUUUCGGUCGUUUGGACCGAAAUGCUAGGAGGAACUUUGGACCGAAAUGCUUACAAGUACAAUAACCAAAGGCGCGGUGGCUUGGGUCAGGUCUGUGCCACCAGAAUGUACCGUUCCAUUGGGCCAUAGUUAGUAGAGGGGACUAACUAUGAUUGGGCAUGUGAAAUAUCAAACCGAAAUUUUUGUUGAAUGGAAAGCGCCCCAAGUGUCCGCCUAAGAGUGAUGUCCAUCUUAUAGAGUCAAAUAAAGGGAGUAAAGAAAGGCAGGAACCAACUUUACCCAGGAGUCUGUCUUAUACAGGUGUCCGUUUAGAAAGAGCUCAAUGUAGUGGGUAGAGUUUGAAUUGGACAAUGUUCUCUGACCUGUUACUCGUGUUGUAUCUAUAGCAACUGCUACAAAAGAUGCCUGCCACAGUAUCAUCUGGAAUAGCAAGGCAACAACCAGUAAGUCACUUACGUCUCUUGUUUCUGUGACUCAAUUCUGAUAAAAUUCUUGCUCAGUUACUGUGGGUAACGUUAUAAUAUAUUUAUUUUUACAAUUAUAACUGAGUGGUUUCUCAAGCGCUGGUUGCUUGAGAGCCGUGUUUGAUAAGAGAAUGACGUAAUGGUGCUGCAAUUUGUUUUUCUACCUGUCGCGCAUGCGGUUUUCCGAGAAACUACAACUGAAAUGGAAAUAAACGCCAAAGUUGAGCGACCCGCCCGCUGCUCAUGGUUCGGACGUUCCUCUUAAAUAGUGAACAUUUUGACGUCAUUUCUAUGGUCAAUAAGAGUACAUACGAUAGAAAAUUGUUGUCGAUUUGUAAAAUAUCCGUUAUUGACAAAGCGGUUGGUUAAUAUGGCUGGAUAUUGGCCAAGUUGGGUGUUGUAUACGUUUCUGGGAACCUGCCCACCUACCCCUGCCCAAGGCCAACAUUACUUCUCACUUAGGACAAAAUGUUGGUUUAGGGGAAGGAUGGGUUGGCAGCUCCCCAGAAACGUAUGAUCCACUUGGUCAAUGAAGGCUUAUUAUCUGGUCAAGAGAAAUUGCCGCUUCUCGCGGGACUGUUGGCCAAAAGUUUCAUACUUUUUUACUUCUAUAUCAGGAUAUCACCAAGCCACGUGCCCCUAUAAGCCCCAGUGGGAGAAGUACAGACAGAAGACCUUCAGCAGGAAUGUCCCCUGUUCAAAGAGGACCAAAGGUAAAAGAGCAUUUACGUCAGCCCUUUUUAACUCAUAAUAUUUUCGCGGCACAUUUUGUUUCGUGACCAGAGUUUUGAGUGGGUGGGGCAAUUGCUCAUCCUCAUUUCCAUCGCCAGUCCUUGGUGACAGAGGGAAUCAGACCCACCGGCUUCCCCACGAUGCAGUCCCACGUUUCCUUUAAAAGUUGACUCCUUUUACCAUGCAAAAUUAAGUUCGCGUUUGAAAACGUUUGAGUUAAUUGUGAAGGGCGACGCAUUUACGUUUCUUUAUUAGUACUCGUUCUUGUGUUGGGUGCUACAACUGGAAAACUGGUCGAAAAUUCUCCUUUAUCUUAUUACUCUUGAAGAUCGUCAUUGUAGUAGAGUUAAUUUUGUUUUGGAAACGAGAACCCUGUUAAAACUCCGUCAACUCUCGUUGCGCAACAUCAAAUGGGGUUUUCUAUAAAUAUAAUUACGAUAAAAGUGUGAUGGUCAAUUUUAAACCAGAGAGUGACACAGGCGGCUUGAAAGGAAAACGCCGAGUUCUCCCAACAAGAGUCGAACGUAGCUCAUCACAUGUAUGAUCUUCAGUUUACUAAUCCAUUUAUACCUGUUUUCAGUGCCAGAUCCAGACCUUGAGAUAAGCUAGGGGGAGGGGUGGUCCGGUCAUCCAGACCCUAAGAGAAGCGGGGGAGGGGGCGGUCUCCAAAACUUUUUUUCCUGCCGUUCGGGCCUCAGUUUGGUCUAAAAAUGAGGGGGUGGCCUGUGCCCCGUGCCCCCCCCUGGAUGUGCCACUGGUUUUAAUGUGUGCUCUGUAUUCUUGUAUCUGUAGGUUGAAGGCGGUAAACCAGGCCCCGGUGGAGCCGCAAGUGAAGGAGUUUUGGCCAACUUUUUCAACUCGCUCCUUAAUAAAAAGAGCGGUGCUGGAGGGGGCCCGGGUAGAGGCGGUACUGCUGUCAGAAGCGAUGCGGCGGCUGAGUUGGAUCGAAUGAACAGGGCCAAGAAAAUAGUCACACAAAACAAUCCAGCAGCCAGCGAUUCAUCAGAGUCGUCUUAGAAGGUUUAGAAUGCUUUAUUAUAAGCUCAUAGUAGAUAUACGAACUAUCAAUCACGGACUAAGCCCUCCGGCGUCUGUGGAAUUUAUUUUGUACAAAGCUAGGCUAUUUUAAUUUGGUCCAGAUAUAUUAAAGAAGAGAACAAGAACCAAAUGUAUUCCACAGGAAGGUAAGGGGGAUUAUUUCUUAGAGAUGAAAGUGAUGAUAGGAUAUUUCAAUAGAAGGUAAAGGUAACUUCAAACCAAACAUUUACUGCUUUAAUGGACGAGAACAAACAAACGAGUAUUUGUGCCAUGUGACAGAGUUUUCCCUUUAUUGGUAUUAGCUGUUCUUUACUUGUAGAAGAAAAAAAUCAGUAGUUUCACGUUAUUUUCAUCCAUAAGAAAGGUUUCAGACUGUUUUUAUCUGCUUAUUAUAUUUUGAGAAAUUCUCAACUCUUGAGUCUGCCGUUUGCCUUUCGCCGUAAACAUGACUCUAAAUUUCUCCAGUGUCUUCAGUUUUUCCUGGGAGGACUUUAAUACCCAGGAGAAAUUGAAAACAAAGGUUAUGCAAACAAGGUGUAUUAUAGGAUAUGUGCUAAUGGCGAAUGGUCGGUUUAGAAAACACAUGAGCAAGAGGAACAUCUAAUCACGUGCAAGAUCAGUAAAGUGUAAGCUGCACUGAUGAUCAGUUUUUGAGGCGGUUCUUGAAGCAUGAUCUCCCAUCUCAUUCGUUGUAACGUGGUUAACAUGUCAAAAGAUUUUAGGGACUCACGUUUAAUAAUAAUAAUAAAAAAAAUUAACUGCCAACUAAGUGAUAAACAUGACAGACUGUAUAGAAAUUUUGUGUCUGCCUAGUUUGCUUUUACCGGAAUGAAGAGAAAAGCAUUCUAAGUGUCCUAAUUUCUUGAAUGUAUCAUUAUUUAAAAAUAAGUGAAAGUUUCAAGGAUUAAAUAUUUUAGAGUUCUGAUAAAACUGACGGAAAUCUACUUUGACGACGCAGUAUACAUUUUUUUUAUUCUGAAGCUGUAGAUACUUGUUGAAACGAGACAAACUAAAAACGUACUAAAUCUUAACCUGGCCUUUCUACGUGCGUUAAAAUAACUGACCAAUGGACCAACGCGAAUCCUUUUGUCACUGCCACACAGAUUUUUCUGUGGUCAUGUUCGAAAAUUGUCUGGGUUAUUUACGAAAACAAAAACUGUUGCUGUGCGCGACAUUUGCUUGAAAGGGGUAAAAAAUUAAGAUUUGCGUGAUUACGCGUGAAAAAACAGUAACGUUCUACUUCCUAAAAUGUCGCUUAGGACGCCCUAUCAGUUUUCCAGUUCUAGCUCCUUAAGAGGCCGACCAUUU